AUAAAAAAUAGUAACAACAUAUUGUGAAAUAAUCGGACAAUGGAGGAGUUGCUAAACGAAGUGGUGCCCCAGGAGGAUUUAGAGAGAUUCGAGAGGAAGUACCUUCAUGAGUUUGAGCUCGAUGGGGAAGUCUCAACAGAAACAAAGUUUGAAUACGCUUUCUGCUUGGUCCGGAGUCGUUAUACCAAUGACAUUCGAAAGGGUAUUAUGAUUUUGGAGGAUCUUUGUCGUUUACAUCCAGACGGACGACGUGAUUAUAUAUAUUAUCUUGCCUUUGGAAACGCACGAAUAAAAAAUUAUACAGAAGGCCUAAAGUACUGUAGAGCAUUUCUUGAUAUUGAAUCUAAUGAUCAAGUGCGGUCAUUAGAGGAAUACAUUAAAAAACAAAGCGAUAAGGAGGUUGCAAAGGGCAUUGCUGUAGCUGGAGGAGCAGCCCUAGUGCUUGGUGGAAUUUUGGGCCUAGGAAUUGCGAUGGCUAGAAAUAAGCAAAAACGCGAUAAAUAGUG